AUGGGCGGCGAAAAGUUCCCAGAAGUCGAGGGUGGCGGAUCUCUCAUCCUAGCCUGGCAGGUCAAGAACAAAAAGGUCUUGGUCAUCGGUGGCGGCGAGGUAGCUGCAGGCCGUAUCCUCAAUCUCCUCAACGCAGACGCCAAAGUCGUCCUUAUCAGUCCACGAGAUGGACUCAACCCAGAAGUCGCACACAGGGUCGAGCAGAAACAGAUAGAGUACCAUGAUAAGAAGUAUGAACCUUCCGAUCUCGACGAUCCUGCCAUCACAAUGGUGAUGACAGCCAUAGAUGACCCUGAGGCCUCAUCGCGGAUAUGGAAACUGUGUAAAGAGAAGAGGAUAGCGGCCAACAUUGCUGAUGUACCGCCUGAAUGUGACUUUUACUUUGGCAGUGUACAUAGGGAUGGUCCGUUACAGAUUAUGGUCAGUACGAAUGGGAAUGGGCCGAAGAUGGCGAACAUUGUGAGGAGGAGGAUAGCUGAGACGUUGCCUUCGAAUAUUGGGGAGGCAAUCAAGAAGGUGGGAGCUUUGCGGAAGAAGCUACGCGUGCUUGCGCCUGGUGAUGAGCAAGGGCCGAAGAGGAUGAAAUGGAUGUCGAAAGUAUGCUUGCAGUGGAGUCUGGAGGAUCUUUGUGACAUGACUGAGCAGGACAUGGACGAUCUGCUGCGGAAUUAUGGGCCAGAUCUGAUACCGACCUUUGAACAGCUGAAGUUAGGUGAAUCUCCUGAUGAGUGGCAAUUCGAUGGAUCAUUUGGGUGGUCAUGUGUGAUAUGA